AUGACCCGAACGGUGCUCGCCCUUCUGGCCCUGACUUCCUUCGUGACGGCCGGGUUUGCACCAGGCAACAGAAAUAGUACCUGUGCACAAUGGUGUCAACAGCUUAACCUCGACAAGACGUGCAAGCCAUUGGCAGCCAAGGGGCAAGGUCCCUGUUAUACCUGCGGACCUGCCCGAACGGCGGCGAGUCAAGAACUCUGCUCUGACAUCUGCACGGACACCAGUACGGAUAGCAAGAACUGUGGAUCAUGUGGAGUAGUGUGCCCGACCGGAUCAACCUGCUCCCAAGGCGUGUGCAUCUGCACGAACUCAGGCUUGGGUCUCUGCAACGAAACAUGCCCUUCCUUCGAUUCCGAUAACAAUCACUGUGGGGAAUGUGGCAACGUGUGCCCUGCACCGUCGACCUGUCAAUCCGGAGCUUGUGCGCCAUGCGCAAGUUUCCAGCCGCAAACCACAUAUGCGGUCAGGGACCUCCCGUGGGGUGUAGCAUUGGGCGAUUUCAACCAGGAUGGCCAUCUCGAUCUUGCCGUGUCGAAUGCUGGAAACGAGACCGUAAGCAUCUUGCUCGGGACUGGCUUGGGGACCUUCCAGACUCAGGUCGCCUAUGCUGCUGGCAGCGCGUCUUUUCAGGUCGCCGUUGGGGACAUCAACGGUGACGGUAUUCUGGAUCUGGUUUUGGGCACGGGAGCCAAUACUGCCAGUCUCUUGUUGGGAACCGGACCCGGCAGAUUCCAGCCACCGCUACAAUUCCCCGUUGGGGAUGGCCCCGUGGCCAUCGCGAUCGGGGACUUCAACCAAGACGACCAUCUGGAUGUGGUGACGGGGAAUCACGAUGGAGAUAGUGUAAGUGUUUUGCUAGGGACAGGCGCAGGGGGCUUCCAGCCCCAGACUCAAUAUGCCGUGGUGAGCACGCCAGACGGUGUGACUGUCGGUGACUUCAAUCAAGACGGCCAUCUCGAUAUUGUGGCCAGUAACGAGGGCAGUAACGUGGUCAGUAUCUUGCUGGGUAAUGGCGACGGAAGCUUCCAGCCGCAAACUGCAGUCCCGGUCGGAUCUGGCCCAUAUGGUGUGACGGUUGCCGAUUUCGACAAGGACGGCCGACCAGACUUUGCAGUUACAAACUCCCUGGAUGCCUCAGCGAGCGUCUUGCUUGGGGUGGGAAACGGGACCUUCCAGCCACAGGCUGUGUUCUCCGUGGGAUCCAACCCGAGGGCUAUUACGACGGGUGAUUUCAACCAGGAUGGUGAUCUUGACAUCGCGGUGACGAACAUUGGGGGCGCCUCUGUCAGUAUCUUGCUUGGGACGGGGUCAGGGGACUUCCAUACACUUGCGACCACAUUUGCAGUGGGCAACAACCCGACUGGAAUAGCGGCGGGCGAUUUCAACGGAGACGGCUACCUCGAUCUCGUUACCACGAACAUACUGGAUGCCACUGUUAGUGUUCUACUCGGGAAGCCCUGUAACACUUGA